AUGUCAGCGCCUCCGAUCUGGCUUACUUUCUUGUCCGGAAAGAUCGUUGAACAUCUUGAAUACGUCUGCAAAGCGGCAGCUAAAACUUCCAGGCAUCGGUACAUGAACUACGCCAUCUUUAUUUCUAAUGUCUUAAAUUUCUUUUUGCUCCUUACAUCAGUGAGUAAUUUCAGCAAUAUUCCUGUUGGCCCAGAAAGCGUCUUCAUACAAACUUGACGGUGUCUUUAGCUCGCCGCCACCGGAUGAACUUGUAACUGGCAAGCGGAUUGUACUAAUUACAGCGUUGUACGAGCGGCCUCAAAGAAUGGCUGAUUUUACAAUGUAAGGUGAUUUUCCUAGCUGUCGUAAUUUCAUGUCCGAUGUAGAAUAUAUGUAUGUACCAGUGUAUGUCAGUCUGUCUGGAAAAUAGUCAGCCCUCUGUCGCAUAGAAAGUUGCAUUGCCGCCGAGAAAAUGAAUUGCGUCGUGCCAAAAUCAAAUUGCUUUUUACUUCAGCGACGCGAUUGACGCAGCGGCGUAAUACUCAUUAUUUUUCCGACAGACUGACUUUAAUGUUUUUAUUCGAGGAUCAUCCUAAAUUUCCUCCAGGCUUAUCCACACAAUGGCGCACAUGAAAAAUGCAUACUGGAUUGUGGUCGAGGACGGGAAUCGCACAAAACCAGCGAUCAAAAGGCUCCUUGAACGUGUAAAAAUUCCAACCGUCUACUUGCACAGCGAAGAUCCGAGUGUUCCAUGUAAGAAUUUUCUUUUCUUUUGAGCACGUAAAAUAUGAACAGAGAGCGGAACUUCGAAGUAUUUUAGGUCACGACUGGGCUCCUCGCAACAAGGCCUUGGAAUACAUUCGAAAAAACAAGAGACUGUUCAACAGUGACGACGUUGUUUAUUUCCUCGAUUCGGAAAACAGUGUGGAUCUUCAGUUGUUUGACAAGUUUGCGCGGAAGGUCGAGAAAAUGGGAGUUUGGGCUGCAGGUAAUACAUGCAAUGCAAGAUUGCAAAAUUCACAAAUGAAUUACUUUGAGUGCGAAGCUGACAUCUUGACUAAACUUGGAAAAAAAUAGAUUCAAUUUCCCUAAGGCAGAUACGGGAUUACUAGGUCGCGUUUUGCAGACACAACCGAGAUUUUUUGGUCGAAAUUGGCAAAAAUGCAAGAAUUUUUGUUCGUAUUUUGGCAUGACGUUUCAUACCUAAAUAUUUAUAAUCGAGAUAUAAUAGUAAUAUUUCCACAAAGAAUUUAUUUUUUCCACUGAAAACCGGCAAAGAUUUGGCCAAAAAGUCCACUUUUAAAAGUGUUUUUCUCUACAUUUCUUUGCAUACCCUCUCGCCAAAUCUCGUUGAAUAGCUCGGCUAUCGCUGCAAAGCACGGGCUAAAGGUUUCAAGAAUCAACGUCUAAACUAGUCAAAGAAAAAACUCUCACUUGGACACCUCUUUUGUAUGCUUUCUGUAUACCACUAAAGUAAGUACGGUGAUAUUGUUUGCAGGUUCCGGCUACGUAUAUGCCGACUCCCAAUUAACAUUGAAGGGGAAGGUCGUUGGAUGGAACACCCCUUGGCGGCCAAAACGAGAGUUUGCACUGGGAUUUAGGCAAUUUGCCUUGAAUAUCAAGUACAUUACCGAGACCAAGUAAGCUCAUAUAAUAUAUGAUAGUUCACGAAAAAAGGAAGUUAACGAAAAGCAAAAAUUUAUUGUUCUCUGCCAGACUUUAUCGCUGUAAUUGUUGAGUCAAGAAACCUUUUACUUUUAAAAGUCUCAAGUCAAUUUCAGCGCCCGCCUUGACAUGAGGUGUGCCGGCCUUGCAAUGGAAGACUGUUUCCUCCGCCAACUCAACAUUUCCAAGUCCGACAUCCAAUCGUUUGGCCAUAGCGGAGAAAACAAGCCCAUCUACGUGUGGCAUCGCCGAUCCGUGAACACCGGGCGUGUCACGGAGCUUCCAACGCGUGGCAGUUUCAUUGACACCGAAGUCCAAGAACCGCUAGUCUGUACGGCCAUCGAACAUCGAUUGACUGAAGCCACAAUGUAUCAGGCAAUGUUCAUUGCGAAGCAACGAAACGACAACUUAACUGGCAUCAUGCGGGUAUCGUAG